AUGUUCAUCUUCCUCGAAGUAUACCAGACGGCGGGGGGGGCAACUCUUGUUCAGGAAGAGUCCCCGGCUGUACGUGUGACUGACAUAGACAGGGAGAUCAAGCGGCUUAGGGGGUUACGAGAACGGCUAAGGGCUGCGGUGUCCAUCGACGAGCGGCGUCUUGUUUUGGAGAGCGAUCCGGAGGUUCAGAGAGUCUGGAAGGCCUAUCGGGACUCGCGGCAUGCAUUGAGAUUGGACGAAGCGCACGGGAAGUACCUGCUCGAUUGCAUGAUUGCGGCGGGGCAGGGGCAUCUUCUGGAAAGUCCCACUCUUCUCCCCUCAAAGGAGCGGGUGAACGGGAAGCAUUCAAAUGGCGCGCUGCAUUCGAACGGCGCCCUCAAAGAGUCGGACACUGGGGUCUCUCUUUUGGACGGGCAUUCAGACCGGGCACCCUACCUAGACGCAUUUCAAAUGCUGGCGGACGCCGUCCGAAAGCUAGAGUUGGACGGCGAGCCGGACGCCCCAAACCACCCUGCGCUUCUAACCCCUCUCUUGGCCCCCGAGCAUUUGGCGCCCGCGAACGCGCACGCCUGGGAGCAGCGACUGGCCGGACAGUCCAAAAGCGGGAUCGACGCCAUCCAAAAGCUAACGGACAUGCUCAAGCGGCUUGAGAAGUUCUACGACAGCAUCGGGGGUGUGGUUGGGUACCAGCUCGCGGCGCUGGAACUGAUUCGCGCCAGCGAGGAGCGGGAGAAGUGCGUCGAAGAGGUGGAGAGCGUUUUGGCGGGGGAUUCGGACGUGCCACUGUCCGAAAGUUCGCUUUGGGACGGGUCCGAGCUUUUGGAGGAAGCGGGCGAGGAGACGAAUUACCACAUGCCGGUGGGACCGGACCUGGCAGCCGAUCCUGGCUUCGCACAGCGCGCGGCGGCUUGGGGGAUCACGGGGCUGCCGUCAAUGGGCGAGAUUUACCCCCUCGGCGGCGCGGGUGACCGGCUAGGCCUUGUGGACGAGCGGAGCGGCGAGUGCCUGCCUGUCGCAAUGCUACCGUACUGCGGACGGACUCUGUUAGAGGGCCUCAUUCGGGACCUGCAGGCGCGGGAGUACUUGCACUUCCGGCUGUACGGUGUCCAGCACACGACGCCGGUUGCAAUCAUGACGUCAGCGGCCAAGGACAACCACCGGCGAGUGGUGGAGCUAUGCAAGCAGCAGGGCUGGUUCGGGCGGGGGCGGGGCAGCUUCCGCCUCUUUGAGCAGCCACUGGUUCCGGUGGUUGCCGCGGACGACGGCCGGUGGCUGAUGCAGGAGCCGCUCCAAUGUAUUCUGAAACCAGGGGGCCAUGGCGUCAUCUGGAAGUUGGCGCACGACGAGAAGAUCUUUGACUGGUUCCACGAGCGGGGGCGCAAGGCGGCCAUCGUGCGCCAGAUCAGCAAUCCAAUGGCGGCUAUGGACGCGACUCUGCUUGCGCUUUCUGGGGUCGGCCUGCAAGGUGGCAAGCGCUUCGGGUUUGCGUCGUGCGAGCGACGAGUGGGGGCGUCGGAGGGCAUGAACGUGCUCAAGGAGGUGCGCACGCCGUCCGGCGAGUGGCGCUACGGCGUGAGCAACAUCGAGUACACGGAGUUCGAACGAAUGGGCGUCUGCGACGUGGCAGUGGCCGGGGAUUCCCACCGGUCGCAGUACCCGGCCAAUACAAACGUGCUGUACGUGGACCUCGGGGCGGCGCACCGGGUGGCGGCGAGCGAGGGCCGGGCGGCGCUUCCGGGGAUGAUCAUCAACCUGAAGAAGACGGUAGAGUAUAAGGACCACACGGGGCGGUUGCAGAGGGCACGCGCGGGGCGGCUUGAGUGCACGAUGCAAAACAUUGCGGACGAGCUUGCGCAGACGUUCCCGGAGCGCCUUUCGCCGGAAGCGUACGAAGAUUUGGACACGUUUGUCGUGUACAACUCGCGGACCAAGGUGUCAUCGUCCGCGAAGCGGAGGAGAAAGCCGGGGGAGAUGAACCUGCAUCAGACGCCGGACGGUUCCUUCUUCGACCUGAUGGCCAACGCGCACGACCUGCUGACGCAGUGUGACGUGGCGCUGCCGCCGGUGGGCGCCAAGGCCGAGUACCUCCAAAAGGGGCCGCCGUUCUUCGUGUUGCUCCACCCCGCGCUCGGGCCGCUCUGGGACGUCAUCCGACAAAAGAUUGUCGGGGGGUCCCUGGCCCGAGGAGGCGAGCUCCAGCUCGAGAUUGCCGAGCUGUGCAUGCGCCACGUGUCAGUCGAGGGCAGCCUCAUGAUCCGCGCCGAGAACGUGAUGGGCGAGGCUUCCGUCCGGCGGACGUCCGGAUCGAUCCGGGAGCGGAUCCUCACGUUCGGACGGCGCACCGCGCGGUGCCGGCUAGAAAACGUGACGGUUCGGAACAUGGGCAUCGACUGGAGCUGUCUGGCCAACGUGUACUGGCAGAACCGGCUUCAAAGAGACGAGAUGCUAGAGGUCGUUUUGCACAGCGACGCGGAACUAGACGCGAGAGACGUUGUUUUAGAAGGGGGGGAGAGGAUCGAGGUGCCAGCGGGACACCGGUUGAGGAUCACCCGGGCGCCAAACGGCGGCCAAGUCAGGCGGUUGGAGCCGCUCGAGAAAGGGGUCGGGGGAGAGUCCCUACCGUCGUGGCAUUGGCAACACAAACUGCGGGAGAAUGGGAGGGUAGAACUGACUCUGGUCGAGGGGCCCGAGCGGCCGGCAGAGCAGACAGAGAGUGCCUUGGCCGCUUCAGGCAAGAAUUGAUAGGGCGGCAUCGGAGCGUCAUGCACCGGACUUGCGCAAGCGUUUUUCCUACUGACUUCGUUCUUCAUUUGCGAGCGGGAAUAAAUCUUUUUCAGGGCU